AUGGGUGUUCCGAAGUUCUUCCGCUGGCUGAGUGAGCGGUAUCCCGCGAUCUCCAUGCUGAUCGCUGAGAGCCGCAUCCCCGAAUUUGACAGCCUGUACCUCGAUAUGAACGGUAUUAUUCACAACUGCACACAUAAGGACAGCGACUCCCCGACAUUCCGCAUGACCGAGGAGCAGAUGUUCAUUGCAAUCUUUAACUACAUCGAGCACUUAUUCGGCAAAAUCAAACCGAAGAAGCUCUUUUUCAUGGCAGUCGAUGGUGUGGCCCCACGUGCCAAGAUGAACCAACAACGUGCGCGUCGCUUUAGAACGGCGCUGGACGCCGAGGUGGCAAAGGAGAAGGCCAUCCAACAAGGCCUGGAGAUGCCAAAAGAGGAUGCAUUCGAUAGCAACUGCAUUACGCCCGGUACCGAGUUUAUGGCGAAGUUGACGCAACAAUUGAAGUACUUUAUCAACAAGAAGAUCUCGGAGGACUCCGAUUGGCAAGGAGUGGAGAUCGUGCUCUCGGGCCACGAGGUGCCCGGUGAGGGUGAACACAAGAUCAUGGAAUACAUCCGGCGCGCUAAAGCGCAGCCCGACUAUCAUCCCAACGUCCGCCAUUGUCUUUAUGGUUUGGAUGCUGAUCUUAUCAUGCUGGGUCUGCUCAGUCAUGACCCUCACUUCUGCCUCCUCCGUGAAGAAGUGACGUUUGGCCGUCAAGUCUCCAAGAAGCCAAAGGAGCUUGAGCACCAGAACUUUUAUCUUUUGCAUCUCAGCAUGGUUCGCGAGUAUCUGGAGUUGGAGUUCCAGGAGCUGGAAGAGGAAGGUGCCCUCAAUUUCCCAUUCGAUAUGGAGCGAGUCAUUGACGAUUUCAUCCUAAUGGCAUUCUUUGUUGGAAACGAUUUCUUGCCCAAUCUGCCAAACCUACAUAUCAACGAAGGUGCGCUGGCACUCAUGUUCAAGAUUUACAAGGACGUGUUGCGAAAGAUGGGAGGAUAUAUCAACGAGCAAGGUGUGAUCAAUGUCGAACGGCUUGGAAUCCUGGUGGAGGCCCUCAGCGAGGUCGAGCACCGAUUUUUCCAGGCCGAGAACUCCGAUGCGCAGUGGAUCAAGGCCAAGCAGAAUGGCAAUGAUGGCUCUCUGGAGCUGAACACGAGGCCGAGGGAGCUGACGGUCACCUCCGCCCAAAAGGACAUUCUCAAGAAAGUGAAGCAGUAUGUCUUGAAUCGCCCUAGCAAGGAAUCCGAGCCCAAGCCGCUGGACUUCCCUCCUACGCUUCCAGCUCGUGACCGUGUGUUCAUUGAGAAACUCGCAGACGAGCUUCGUGUGCAGUGGUCCACCGUGGACAACGAGGCUGGCGAUAGAUUCAUGCGCGUUCAGCUUCCACAGUUGCAGGGCGAUGACGAUGACGACGACGAGGGAGAAGCAUUCAUAGCUGUUUCACGCAUUAUUCGCAAGUACGAAAAAGCCAAGGUCCAGGACAUGACACCGGAGGAGGUGCAACAAGCCGCCGAGAAGAAGUAUGACGCCAAAUUCCAGGAAUGGAAGGAUAAUUACUACCGCUCCAAGUUUGACUGGGGACUUGAUAAUGAGGAGGAGAUGAAGAAGUUGACAGAGAACUAUGUGCAAGGAUUGCAGUGGGUUUUGUUCUACUACUACCGUGGUAUUGCUUCGUGGCCCUGGUUCUUCAGGUAUCACUAUGCUCCUAUGAUCUCUGAUGUGAAAAAGGGGUUGGGUGCCGACAUGAACUUCCGACUCGGGCAGCCUUUCCGGCCAUACGAGCAGCUGAUGGGUGUCUUGCCGGACCGCAGUAAGAAGAUCGUGCCAACUGCCUAUUGGGAUCUCAUGACAUCCCCGGAGUCUCCUAUCAUUGAUUUCUAUCCUCGUGAUUUCGACUUGGAUAUGAAUGGAAAAAAGAUGGAGUGGGAGGCUGUGGUCAAGAUUCCUUUCAUCGACGAGACGAGACUGUUGAAUGCCCUGAAAACCAAGGAACAGUUCCUCAGUCCCGACGAAAAGGCGCGCAAUGACUUUGGGGCUAGUUUGAAGUUCACUUAUUCACCCGAAGUGAACUUUGUGUAUCCUUCUUCAAUGCCUGGCGUGUUCCCCGAUCUCCCGAACUGCCACUGUAUCGAGAAUCUCUUCGAUCUUCCCACUAUGGAUGGGUUGGAGCCAUACAAUGGCCUGAUGGAGGGUGUACAUCUAGGCGAGGCGGCCCUGGCUGGCUUCCCUAGUAUCAAGACACUACCCCAUGUCGGCCAGUUGGGCUUUCAUGGAGUUACUGUGUUCCAGCAGGAAAGCCGCAACGAGAGUCAAGUCGUCACUCUUCUUGACCCAGGCAGCCGAUCCAGCGUCGAGUUGGCCAAGGAGAAACUUGGCAAGCGAGUCCAUGUCGGCUAUCCGUACCUGCAGGAAGCGCUCGUCAUUCGUGUAUCGGAUGAGCUCUUCGACUACAUCCUUCCACCAGGCGAGCAACACGUUGUUCAAAUUCCACACACUCCUCAGCAAAUCGAGCAGUUCAAGAAGAAGGCGGACCGGAUUGAAAGUCAUUACAGCAAGCGUCUUGGUAUGAUCAUUGGGAGUGUGGAGGCUUUAGUCCACAUCCAGCCCUUGAAGGGCAUGAUCAAGACCGAUGAAGGUGCCAUUAUCAAGGAGUUUGCCGACAUUCCCGGCCAAGAGACCGACUAUGCCCUUCAGAUUGUUGUCGAUGAGGUUGUUAACCCCGAUGAACGCUUCAUUGAGAGGGAGGCUCUGCCUAUCGAAGAAGAGUUCCCCGAAAACUCUCGCGCGUUUUUCCUGGGUGACUUCAACUAUGGUCGACCUGUCCAUGUCAGUGGACAUACCGACGGCAAAGUGAACGGUUUUAUCGCAGCUGUGAAGGACCGCGAACCCGAGUUCGGAAAGGCCCGUGUUAGGCAAGCUGAACAACUCUGUCCUUACAUGCCCUCUUACGCUGUUGCUCGCAAUCUCAACCUCAACCCGCUGGUGCUGGCCAAGAUUACCUCUUCAUUCUCCGUUGAUGUUGACGGCACGCGAGUGAACCUGGGCCUGAACCUCAAAUUUGAGGCUCGAAAGCAAAAGGUCCUUGGAUACUCUCGCCGUGGACAAUCUGGAUGGGAGUUUAGCCAGAAAGCCGUGGACUUGUUGGCACAAUACAUGAUCACCUUCCCAGAGUUUAUCGCUGGAAUCCAGCGUAGUCCUCAAAAGGAUCGCUACGCUCCAACUGAUUUCUACCCGGAGGAGAUCGCCAUUGCCAAGAUGAAGGAGAUCCGCGAGUGGCUGAAGUCAAUGGAGAGCAAGAACUUUGAGAGAGUCCCUCUCGAUGCUGAGCAACUGGAUUCCGACAUCGUCCAGUUGAUUGAACAGGAUGCUGACCAGCUCGGUACUCCCGAAAUGCAAGCAAAGAAGGUUCGCGGCGUUCCUCGUGGCGCUCUACUUCGUCCUGCCGAUGCUGAACAUCGUCUGGGUAACCAGACGUUCAAGCUUGGAGACCGGGUCGUGUAUUGCCAAGACUCGGGCAAAGUACCAAUCGCCACCCGUGGCACGGUGGUCGGUAUCACGAGAACUUCUCGUGCUCUUCUGCUUGACGUACUAUUUGACGUGUCCUUUAUGAGUGGCACUGCCCUUGGCGAUCGCUGUUCCCCAUUCCGUGGACAGACAGUGCUUGCAUCAUCUGUUCUCAAUCUCUCGUUCCGACAGCUGAUUGCCUCCUCCCGUGCUGCAACCAACCAGCAACCUAGCCAACAACCAACCCCCCUCACCGUUGGUGGUUAUGGUGCCCCCUUGGGCCCCAAUGGACAGGGCCAGCUGAGAAAUGCUCCGGCUCCUCCGCCAUUGAGAGGUUCUUUCAAGGGCGCCGUGUCUGGCCAAGGUACUCAUCGUGGUGGUCAUGUUGCCAUGAACAAUGGCCAGCCUAUGGUGCUUCCGCACCGUCCUCAUCCCAACAAUGGUCCUCCUCGUGGUCCCCGCGGUAAUGGAAACCGUGGCCGUGGUGGGUUCAGAGGUGGAUAUCACUCUGUCGACAACAGCGACCCCAGCGAGGGAAUUAUCCAAAACAACCCGAACUUCCGCCCUAGGAACAUGACUCAGGUGCCCCCACCCCAGGGAAUGGACCGUGGCCGUGGCCGUGGUCGCGGACGAGGACGUGGUAACGGACAGCGCGGGCGUGGACGAGGUGGUCAAGGCGGUGCUCCCACAGUGGCCAGCCAGUGA